AUGACCUGGGCCACCUCCGCCCCCGCCGCGGGCGUCUCCAGGGCCCAGCUGAACGAAGUUAUCCGGGCGAUCCAUAAAACCCCUAUUAUUGACAAUCACGCUCACCCGCUGCUCAAGCCAGAGGCCCUUGCUAAGUAUCCUCUGAUCUCCAUCACGACCGAGGCAUCAGGAGACGCCAUCCAUGCAGCAUUCACGAGCUUGUCACACCUCCGCGGGGUAAAGCAGCUGGCUCACGUGCUUGACUGCGCGCAGACGUGGGAGGCCGUCGUAGCUGCCAUCGAGCAGAGGCGGCUGGAGGACUACGAUGACUGGAUAAGUGAGUGUCUGGACGGAAUCGAGACGAUCCUUGUGGAUGACGGUCUGGAUGCACCUGAUGAUGCGUAUGACUACGAAUGGCACAACUCAUUCACGCGGAGCGGAUGCAAGCGCAUCGUGAGGAUCGAGACCGUGGCAGGGCGCAUCAUCCAGAAGCAUGCCUCUGAGUUCAAGGAGGGUGAUAACUCCGAGGAUGUGUUUGACCGAGCGAUUGAGGAGUUCGAUGCCGAGAUCCGAAGAGCCCUCGAGGACCCAGAGGUGGCAGGCUUCAAGAGCGUGAUAUGCUACCGCACGGGGUUGGACAUACCGGCCGUGGUCGACCUGACGGUUGCGAAGGCCUCCUUCGACGAGAUCGUGACAGGCUAUGCUGGGCCGGCUGAGCUGGCGAGGAUUCAGCACCCAGGUCUCAAUGACCUCCUGGUCCACCGAGCAGCUGCGCUGAUCAGCGAGAUGCCCGGCCGGGAGAGGAAGCCGCUGCAAUUCCAUACUGGACUGGGAGAUAACGAUCUCACGCUCGCCAAGUCGUCCCCGGCGCACCUGCAAGAGUUCAUCCGGACAUAUCCCAAGGUUCCGAUCGUGCUGCUACAUGCCAGCUAUCCCUUCGUACGCGAACUUGGUUAUCUUGCGACGGUAUAUGCGAAUGUGUACGCUGACAUUGGCGAAAUCUUCCCCUUCGUCAGCCAAGACGGCCAGGCGAAAGCGGUUUUGUGCGACUAUGUCCGCAAAGGGGCCAUGGGCUGGAAAGCCGCGAUCGAACUCGUCCGAGACAUCCUAUACAAGAACUCCAACAAGCUGUACCACCUCGGUCUUUCGUUCUCAGAGUGGGAGGCGGACUAUGAAGGCGAUGCCGCAAUGCAAGAGGAAGCGACAGACCUUGAGAUCUUCACACACGUCCUUCGAGGCAAGCCGACCCCAGACUUUAUCCGCAUCGGUUGGACAGACUUGACGGCCAUGCCCCGAAUGCGCAUGAUCCCAUUCAGAAAGCUCAUCACAUCACUGGAAGAGGGUAAGCCCGUAGACAUUGGCAUCACGAAAGCCUGCCUUGGCCUGUUGCAGCAUGACUGGAUGGCGCCCGGAACCAGUGCCAGUGGAGAGUAUAGGCUGCACCCAGACUUCUCGUCACUGAAGAGUGGACCCAUACCGGGACACUUUAGCAUGUAUGGCGACUUUCGCGAGAAAGAUGGGUCUACAAUCUCAGUCUGCCCCAGAACGCAGUUGACAAGGGCGCAAGAACAUGGGGCUCGGCAAGGCCUCGCCUUCCUGGUGGGGUUUGAAAUCGAGUUCCUACUCCUUGGGCGCAGCGAAUCAGGCAAGUUUGAGCCGCUGGCCAACGACGGGCAUUCCUGGUCCGUGAGUCGCUUUUUCUCGGACCAGAAGAUCCCCAAGCUCCUCGCGGACAUAACCAGGGCAUUGGAGUCGAUGGAAAUAUUUGUCGAGCAAGUCCACGCCGAGAGCGCGCCGGGCCAGUUCGAGAUCGUUCUCCCACCACUGCCUCCAGUACAGGCCGUAGACACCCUACUUCACGCCAGAGAGGUGAUUGCUGCCAUGGCCACGGCAGCAGGCUUCAAGUUCACGCUAUACCCGAAACUGUUCCCCGAUACUUGUGGGACGGCAGCGCAUACUCACAUCUCCGUUUCCUCGGCUGAGGGCGACAAGAAGGAGACGUAUGAGCCCUUCUAUGCGGGCGUCCUGAAACAUCUGCGCGCGAUCGCGGCGUUUACGUAUAGCAACCCAGCGAGCUAUGAAAGAUUGGCUGAUGGGGCAUGGGCUGGGGGCAGAUGGGUGACGUGGGGCACACAAAACCGCGAGGCGCCACUUCGUAAGAUCGAAGGCAGCCACUGGGAAUUCAAAUGCCUUGAUGGUCUUGCCAAUCCGUACUUGGCGCUGGCCUCUGUCCUCUUCGCCGGGACGAGUGGUGUAAUGGCCAAGGAGAAGCUGGUCUGGCAGGACUGCGAGGUCGACCCGGCGAGCCUGACAGAGAACGACCGUAAGGAAUUGAACGUCUCGGAGAUGUUGCCGUCAAGCGUUGAGGAGGCUUUGCAGGCUCUGGAAGAUGACGAAGAAUUGACGGACUUGCUAGGCUCGGAGCUGGUGGAGAAGUACACUUCUGUCAAGCAGUUCGAGCUGAACUUCCUAGGGUCAAUGAAGGAUGAGGAGAGGAGGCAGUUUCUCAUUGCGCGGUACUAG